GGAGGGGCUUACUGGGCCACCUCCACAGGUCCGUAAAACUAAUACUCAUGCGAAAUAUAAUUAAGUCUGACGCAUUUAGGGAUACUCGCAGAGACUCAAGUUUAAGAUCUCCACUGAAGUGCAUGCUGCUCCUGGACUGGAAUGGAUCCGCUGCUGUAUCUAGCUCUGCUGGUCGUCCUGUUCUUGUUAUGGAUCAAGGUAAAGGGUCUAGAUUAUGUCAUUAUUCACCAGCGAUGGAUCUUCGUUUGCCUCUUUCUCCUGCCUUUAUCCGUCAUUUUUGAUGUGUACUACUACGUGCGAGCCUGGAUUAUCUUCAAGAUGUGCUCUGCUCCAAAGCUCCACGACCAGAGGGUCAGGGACAUUCAGAGACAGGUUCGGGAGUGGAAAAAAGAGGGAGGCAAGAAGCACAUGUGCACAGGGCGUCCCGGUUGGCUCACUGUGUCUUUGAGAGUAGGGAAGUACAAGAAGACCCACAAGAACAUCAUGAUCAAUAUGAUGGACAUCCUUCAGGUGGACACAAAAAGACAGGUGGUACGUGUGGAGCCCUUGGCAAAUAUGGGUCAAGUGACUGCUCUACUGAACUCCAUUGGCUGGACCCUGCCUGUAUUACCUGAACUUGAUGAUCUCACAGUAGGGGGUCUGGUAAUGGGCACAGGUAUUGAGUCCUCCUCUCAUAUUUAUGGCCUCUUCCAGCACAUCUGUGUGGCCUAUGAACUGGUUCUGGCAGAUGGCAGCCUUGUCCGCUGCACUGAGAAAGAGAACUCUGACCUAUUCUAUUCAGUUCCGUGGUCCUGUGGAACCCUGGGGUUCCUAGUGGCUGCUGAAAUUCGGAUCAUUCCUGCUCGGAAGUGGGUAAAGCUGCGCUACAAGGCUGUACGUGGUUUGGACAAUAUCUGUAAGACGUUUUCAGAGGAGUCAGCCAACAAAGAGAACCAGUUUGUGGAGGGUCUGCAGUAUUCUCUUGACGAGGCUGUGAUAAUGACCGGCACCAUGACUGACGAUGCAGAGCCUGACAAGAUCAACCGCAUUGGCUACUACUACAAGCCCUGGUUCUUUAAACAUGUUGAGCAGUAUCUGAAGGAUGAUCGAGUUGCUGUGGAGUACAUCCCACUCAGACAUUACUACCACAGGCACACACGCAGCAUCUUCUGGGAGUUACAGGACAUCAUCCCGUUUGGUAAUAACCCCUUGUUUAGGUACGUGUUUGGCUGGAUGGUGCCUCCUAAGAUCUCUUUGCUGAAACUCACCCAGGGAGAGACCAUCCGUCGACUGUAUGAACAGCACCAUGUGGUGCAGGACAUGCUGGUACCCAUGAAAAACAUCAAGAUGGCCCUCACACGCUUCCAUCAGGACAUUCACGUGUAUCCCCUCUGGCUCUGCCCGUUUAUAUUGCCCAGUCAGCCAGGCAUGGUACACCCCAAAGGAAAUGAGGAUGAGCUGUAUGUGGAUAUCGGGGCAUAUGGAGAGCCCAAAGUCAAACACUUCGAGGCCCAGGCCUCCACGCGCCAGCUCGAGAAGUUUGUGCGAGAUGUUCACGGUUUCCAGAUGCUUUAUGCUGAUGUGUAUAUGGAACGACCAGAAUUCUGGGAAAUGUUUGAUGGCACGCUGUACCAUAAGCUUAGGAAGGAGCUGGGCUGUGAAGAGGCCUUUCCUGAAGUCUACGACAAAAUCUGCAAAGCGGCGCGCCACUAAUUUCAGUCUUAAAUUAACACCAGGACUUGUGUAAAAAAAGUAACCCUUGUGAAAAGUAACCAUUGUGAGUUAAACAUAAACAUUUAUGUUUAUGAGAUGAAUAUUCUGUGGGAAAAUGCAAUGUUUUUACAUCACAUAAUUUUUUAAAA